CAAAAGCUGAGAGUGAAAAAAUUCGUAGAAGUGUGCAAAAUCUGAAUGAGCGAUCGAAUAUUUUGUGAAUAUAAAAUUUUAUUUCAAAGCAACACGACGUUUGUGACUUUUACCAACCACUGUGCGAUAGAAGCAGGUCAAAGCAGAGGAAGCAAAUUCAUAUGGUUUUGCGAAAUUUUGCAACGUUGUAAAAAAGAGGAAAACAAAGGACAUACAAUUAAUUUGAACCGCCAGGAACUGCCGGCUUAAUUUUUUAAAGAAACUAAUUUUUGAAGUGGUGAUAUUAUUUAAAUAAUCGCAAAUACAAUUGAGAAAAGUUAAGCGAUGUACACCAAAGUGUUUUAACAAAAAAAAAAGAAAAUCAAAAAUUAGUGCUCUGUUCUGAAUCUUUGAAAGUGUGGCUCGCAGGUUUUUAUUCCAUUAAGAUUUUUGUUGUAGCAUAAUGGACCUUUUGUGCACCGAAAAUUUAAGGAAUGAUUACGACUGUGAAGUACCGUAUGUGCCUGCGCAGUCGCGAGCACAUACCUAUGCCCAAUCGCAGUCAAUAAUACAACCACAACCACACCGGCAAUCACAACCACCACCCACAACAACAACAGCAAUUACAAAUAGCACAGGGGCGGCACAAACCGAGCAUACAGAUAUCUACAUACCAAAGGAACAAGCACAUCAGCCACAAACGCAAGUUAUGCCCGGCGCACCCUCGCCCUAUUCUAGCUCCAGCUCGUCGCUGUUGUCGCCGGGUUCGAGUUCACCCUCUUCCGGCUAUAAUUCGGCAACAAGUAACAGUUCCCAUGCAAAUCCAACGCAUAUGCUUCAUAGCCGUCAGUAUCGUCAGGAAGAAGACACACAAAAUUGCAUCCAGCAAAAAUAUGUACAACAAGAAUUCCAUCAACAUCAUCAACAGCAACAGGAGCAGCAGAAGCGGCAAGAGACAAAGCAACCGCAUUACUAUGAAGAUCAGCAUAGUGCUGGUAAUGCUUUAUUUCUAAAGUCAGUGCCAAGUCGCGAUUUGGGUUUCGUAAAUAUUGCUACAGUGGAUCCGAUAUUUUUAACCGAUCGUUGUUUGGAGAAUGCCUUAAAAGCAGAAGAAAAGCUACCACAACCGGUUUGCACGUAUUUCAAGACGGUGCAGAAAGACAUAACACCGCCUAUGCGCAAAAUCGUCGCAGAAUGGAUGAUGGAGGUUUGUGCCGAAGAGAAAUGCCAAGAGGAGGUCGUACUAUUGGCGCUCAACUACAUGGAUCGUUUUCUAUCCACAAAAUCUGUAACAAAAACACAUCUGCAAAUAUUGGCAGCGGCCUGUCUGCUAUUAGCCUCGAAAUUGCGAGAGCCCAGCUGUCGGGCGUUAUCUGCCGAAUUGUUGGUAUUCUACACAGACAACAGCAUAUACAAAGGCGAUUUAAUUAAAUGGGAACUUUUUGUGCUGAGUCGACUUGGCUGGGACUUGUCGUCUGUUACGCCUUUGGAUUUUCUAGAACUAUUACUUAUCCGCCUGCCAAUUAAGAGUAAAGAAUGUCCUGAUUUGAGUCUCGAAAAAGUAAGACAACAUGCGCAGGCCUUCAUAUGUUUAGCAGCCAAAGAACAUUACUUCUCGAUAUAUUCGGCCAGUACUAUUGCCGCCGCCAGUAUCGCCGCAGCUCUGGGCGGUUUGAAUUGGCACUUACGUACGGGACAAAAAUUACGUCAUCUAUUGAAUUUAUUGACCGAUUUGACCAGCAUUGAACAGGAAUACCUCCAUGAGUGCAUGCAAAAAAUGGAAAUUAUUUUCGAGGAGCAUAGUCGUAAUUUGCAGCCAUACGCAAAUACAGAAGAAUCCUUUCAACAUAAUCAGCAACAACAGCUGCAGUCGGAGCAGGAACAUCAUUUUCAGCAGCAGCAACAGCAGCACCACCAUCAUAACCAGCAACUGCAACAACAGCAGGUGCACGCUGUGCAUCAGUAUAAGCACCACCAGCAGCAGCAGCAGCAACAGCAGCAACAGCAGCAACAGCAGGAACAGCAACAGCACCACCAAAAUCAACACCAGCAACAUCAUCAACAACACCGCUCAAGGAGUGCGGAACACUCCCAUCAGCAUCAGCCAAUGAUCGCUGUUGAGCAACAACAACAGCACUUAAAUAGCUUUCAUCAUAGCAGCAGCAGUAGUAAUGGCAACACGAACAGCGGCGGCGGCGGCGGCGGCGGCAUAAGUGUCGAUAAUGCGUCCAAUGUAAGCACAACAAUUCUCACCGAUUUGACACAAAGAUGUGAAUUUUAAUUAUGCUUGCAACUUUAUCUGGGCAU